UUUAAAUAGGUAGAGAUGGAAAGUGUUCCUCGUAUCACUAGAACAGUGAGCCUUUCGAACCGGAGCACACACAGAUGGAAGAAUUGAGAAUCCAAUAUGUCAACCUGGAACUUCAGGGCAACCAGGAGAGCCACUACACCCAGGGGUUCAGCUCUAAAACCCUGGUGGUGCGGAGAGGAGCACCCUUCAAAAUCACCCUGCUCCUGAAGGGACGAGCCUUCAACCCACACACCGACACCCUGAUGUUCAGAAUCCUCCUAGGACAGCUGUACGCAGAGUUCCCCGUUACCUUCUCCAAGCAGAGAUCCACCUCCCGAUGGAGUGCCUACUUCACCCCCAAAGGCCUGAACCCCAACGCUCCCUCUCUGUACAUAUCCAGCCCUGCCUCUUCCUCCAUAGGGCGCUACAGUGUUCAGCUCCACGUGCUCACACAGCACGGUCAGAAGGGCUACGUGGUGGGAGACUUUGUUCUCCUUUGCAACCCCUGGUGCCACGAGGACGCAGUGUACAUUCCCUUCGAAGACCAGAGAGAGGAAUAUGUAAAUAAUGACUCUGGUUUAUUGUACAUGGGGACCCCUAAAAACCUUGAAUCAAAACCUUGGUCGUUCGAUCAGUACGAGCCAGAGAUUCUGGAUAUUUGUCUGAAGCUGCUCCAGGUCAGCCCGCAGCACGGCAGGAACUUGCAGAAGGACUACCUAGGCCACUCCGAUCCUAUCUACCUCAGUAGGGUGGUGUCUGCCAUGAUCAACUGCGAGGACGACCGAGGAGUCCUGAGAGGGAACUGGUUGGGCGAUUUCAAGAACGGGGUGAACCCCUCCAAGUGGACAGGAAGUGCGGAUAUUUUGAGACAGUGGGCCAAGUCCAAGUUCAGCCCAGUGAUGUACGGCCAGUGCUGGGUGUUUGCUGCUGUGAUGUGCACAGUCAUGAGAGCUCUUGGUAUUCCGUCCCGUGUCAUCACCAACUUCAACUCAGCCCAUGACACCAACGGCAACCUGGUCAUCGAGGAGUUUUACUCUGAGACGGGCAAGAAACUACCUCACAGUAAAGACAGCAUAUGGAAUUUCCAUGUAUGGGUGGAGUGUUGGAUGACCCGGCCAGACCUGGGUGCAGGAUUUGACGGAUGGCAGGUUUUGGAUCCAACCCCGCAGGAGAGGAGCGGAGGAAUCUUCUGCUGUGGCCCAGCCCCAGUGAAGGCUAUCAGAGACCGGCGUGUGGACCUGGUCUACGACAUCCCCUUUGUGUAUGCUGAGGUGAAUGCUGACGUCCACACGGUCAUUGUGAAGCAGGGCCAGGUGCUGAGUUCCAGCACAGACACAGAGAGAGUUGGUUCCCUCAUUGUCACCCAGACCAUAGGCUCACCAAGGCCCCAGAACAUCACAGGGAACUACAAACCCACCAAAGCAGCCAUGUCCUUACACAGAUCAAAGAGUGCAACAUUUUCAGGAGAAUCAACACAUAAGCGAGGGUCAACCCGGGGCCUCUCAGUGUCUCUGAGCCUCCUUAAAGUGCCUGUGGCUGGGGAAAACAUAACCUUCACAGUCAUGGUCACCAACAUGGACAGCAUCCCCAAGGUGCUGAGGGAGCAUGUCAACGCUCAGACCAAGAAGUACAACCGUAGUCCCUCGGGCACCUUCUGGGAGGUCCACAACAUCGUCCGGAUAGCGCCGCAUGAAGCUAAGGUCAUUCAUCACCUGAUCGACCACGCCCAGUAUGAGUCUCUGAUGGGAGAUGACUUGGUCAACCUGGCUGUGGUCAUGGAGGACGAGUCCACUCAGGAGAGAGUCUUGGCCUCAGAGGAGUUCAACGUCACCAGCCCUCAACUCUCCAUACAGAUUGCAGAUGAAGACUCCGUCAUGCUACACAAGGAGCACACUGCCCUCGUAGUCUUCUGCAACACCUUCUCUGUACCUGUGAGCGGCCUACUAACCGUGACUGGCUCUGGUUUGAUCGAGGGGGAAAUGCACUCAAGGAUUCAACUGUUCAAGCCAGGGUGCACUAUGGAGAGGAGCUUCACUUUCAUUCCGAGGAUGGUGGGGAAAAAAAUGUUGCAGGCUACUCUAGUCCUCAAAAACAACUCUGCAAAAAUUGUAGGCUACAAAAUGAUCUCCGUGAAGUCAGCUUAGUCAUUUUUGCAAGGAUUCAGGUGGUGCUAAUAAAUAUAAUUGUAUUUAAGGUAGGAAUUUCAUGUACAACUGAAGUAUUAUAUAUAUUAUUUAUAUUUAUGUAUUUUUUAAAACUAAAACAUGUAUUUCUUUCGUUCUCAUAAUAACUUUCUAUGUUGUAUGAUGUAUAUGAUAUAGAUUUAUUUAUUUUAAAAUUUUAAUGUAUGAUUGGUAAUCACUACUUGAAUAGUCACUUAUGACUUUACAUAAAAUUAGGUUUAGUUAGUCAAUUGACAUUGGCCUUUGAACAAGUUAAAGUUUCUGGAGUUUGUUUCAUUUAGUUUGUUUUCAGUUUGUUUCAAGUCUAUUGAAUUUAGUUCUUAUCAAAUGAAACUACUUUUUAUACAAAUCUGUAUACAAAGCAGAUAAAUACAUUCUGAGUGACAAAGCUUACAAGUCUACAUCUUUGUCCUGUAUUGUAGAUCACUUAAAGAGAGAUUUAUUUUCAAUAAUUGAAACCACAUCCUCAUUCCCUCAAUAUCUUCUUAGUAUUUCUACAACACAGGUAUUUUAAUACAGUCAUAUGUAAUAAAUAUUUUUUUUAACACUUUUUUUUUACCAUAACCACAUCAGCUAGUCAGUAUUUGGAUACUUCCUGUGUACUCUCCUGGCUAAAUAACCCCAAAACUAUAGUGCAUAGCUAGGCCUUCUGUAGAUGGUUGAAAAACAUCAUUUGUUAUUUGUUUCUAACUCAAAUACCCUCACAGUAGCUUGCCAUCAAUUUACUGGAGAAAAUGUGGCGAAAUUAUAAUAUCUUAUCACACGUGCAGCAGUAGAAAAAUACUGGGAAAAUCAAAAAAUAAACCCAUACUACAACGCAA